UUCACUCAUCAUUCAUCAUGAAGCAUCUCGUUUUUCUUCUGUUACCUCUCUUCACUUUGAGUGAAGUUGUAGAUGAUUUUAGUAAAUGCAAUCAGUUCUUCUUUAACUUCAAACCUCCUAUAUUCACACCAGCGAAUGGCAAUAAAGUCCAGCACAUCUGCCAGUGUCUCUGGAACGACAAAAAAGAGCCAAUCUUUCUUUACGCAACCUUGUACAGCACGACCUGGAAGAUCCCCGUCUACUCUGCCUACGUGUUUGGCAGCCCCAAUAUCGGGAGAUGUGACGCUUGGUACAUUGAACCACAGCUGGAUGGAAAGACAAAGCCUAAUUGUAUGCAGCCUAAAGGUUAUGUUAGGACAAUUGGCACUAAUCAGGCUCUGAAAUCCGACUAUGAGGACUCUGGCUUCGACAAAGGUCACCUUUAUCCCGUUCUCCACACCAACAAUCAUCUGUCUAUGCUGGCCACCUCCACACUGACCAACGCCGCUCCACAGGACCCGGAUUUCAAUCAGGGAUCCUGGCUGCAACACGAGAGAGCCGUAAUUAAAGACCUGCAGUCCUGUGAUAAGGCUUAUGUAGUGACUGGUGUAGUUCCUGACCUAGACCAUGAAAAAAUCUAUGAUAAAAUCACUGUGUCCAAGUAUUACUGGAGAGCCACCUACUGUCAAAAGGGGAAUCAGUUAGAUGUGCUGAAGGGCUACUAUGGGCCGGACAACAACGGCAAAGUGCAGCAAAUAACAAUAGAAGAACUUGAGGAAUGGCUCAAAAAACUCAAAGAACCCAUUACAAUUAAAAUUUUCCCAACAAGAAAAAGACAGAGAGAAUAAAGGAUUAGAUCAUAGCUGGGUCAACAUUUUGGUGUCCACAUCAAAUUAAAUUUACAAAAGUUAUUUUAUACACACACACACACACACACACACACAAGACAUAUUAAAUGCAAGUAAAGCGUCUACUUUAAUGUUUCAAAUAACUUUUGUGAAAAUAAAAUGUCAAAAAAUGAUAAAAAUAAUUUUCCAAAGUGUAAAAUUGUCAUUCAGCGUAAUGUUCUGGACUUUGAUUUUACCCUUACAUCUUUAAAUAAACAUAAAAUACCAAGUUAAAAAUAUAUAUUUGUUUUUCUUGGCAUAUUCAAAUAAGUGUUGGCUGUGUUAUAUUAAAAGGACUAUGUUUUUUUGUUUUUGUUUUAAAGGAUUGAAAUAACCAGGGGAAUUUUGCCCCGAAAAUGCAGUUUGCAUUUCAUUCAGUGUAACAGGAUCAAGAAGCCAUUUUGAAAUCAAAUAAACAUGGAUAGUCAUUAAACAGCCUGUGACAUCAUCAAAGGGCGUCCUGAAGAGCGUGUGGUGCUGCAGAAAAAUCA